AUGUCGGGUGACAAAGGUCCAGUGGAUUUCAACGUGUGUGUUGUGAUACCGGCUGGAGGGUAUGGAGAACGUACCGGGGUUACGACCCCCAAACAGUUCUGGCCCAUUAUGGACAAACCGUUGAUUGCUUACACGUUAGAAUCAUUUAACAGGCAAGUUCCUGCUUUUUCUCGCUUUUGUGUCUGUCUGUCUGUCUAUCUAUCUAUCUAUCUAUCUAUCUAUCUGAGACUCUUUCCUGAACACGUGCUUUCCUUCCCACUCCCUUUAUAUAUUGUUCUCUCUUUCUCUCAUUGUGUUUAUCUGCCCUUUUCUGACCGCUUUGAUUGGUCCAUUCUGUCCACACCCACUGAGGACGUAACGCAUCAGGAUAAUGAUGAUAUCGAUUUGGGCCCACAUGCACACAAAUUGACAUCGUUUCUAAUGUAUCUUUUUUCUCUAAUUUCUUUCUUUUUUCCCCUCUUUCUUUUCUGUCUCCCCUUUUCCCCCUCUCUUUUCUGUCUGUCUGUCUUCUUUUUCUUUCUUCCUUCUCGAUGUAGUAAUAUUGCUUAUGUCUAUUUCAUUUUCUCCCUCUCUGCUAUAAGAGAACACAUGCAAUUGACUUUUUUUCCUCUUCUUCCUUAA